AUGGAUUCUCAAAAAAUCGUGGCAAUUCUAUUGGCAAUCUUUCUUCCACCAUUAGGUGUCUUUCUUCAAUGUGGGUUAGGUGUUGAAUUUUGGUUAGAUUUGGUACUAACCCUUCUAGCAUUCUUCCCAGGGAUGCUAUAUGCAUUAUACGUGACUCUAACAAGUUAA